UACGUAUCUAUUCUGUAUGUACGCUAGUACAAUAUUCAAAAUUCCAUUAAGAAGACACAUUUUUUCAGGUUUGCACACAAGGAAUCAUAUAGUAGUGAUUCGUUAAAUAGUCACGAGUCGAGAGAUUAUCUGACCAACUAUCAAAGGAGGUAUAUUAUCUAUUAAUAUUAUCUUCUCUGUUGAGUGCGAAUGAGUUACAGAUAUUUGACACAUUUGUUUAUUUUACAUACAGCAAUGAACACAUAAGUAAGAGAAAGUUCUUACAAUAAAAAUUUAGUUUAUUUUAGUUUAUAAUUAUUACUUGAAAUAAAAAUGUGAAAGCCACUCUAUAUCCACAAUGGUUCAAAAUAUAAGAAAUUUGUUCGUUAUGAUACACUUAAAUUCAACAUAAUGUAGAAUUAAUAUAUAAUUUAACUUGGGAUUUAAAAUGUUGAAAAGAUUUGAAAAGUUUUAUUUCUAUUUUUUCUAUAAUGUAGGACAUAAACUAGGAUUUUAGAAAAAAGUAGAAAUAACAUUUUUCAUAAUACAAUUUAUGGUCUUGGCAGUUAUCAUUUCCCAUUUAUACACUCGCCACUAUACAUCAAAAACUCAUCGUCAGUCCAAGAAAUCAAUUUCAAAAACUGGUGAAGGUAGCAAUAGCCAAAUGCUGCGACAUUAUUAUAAAUACUAAACACGAAAACUGUAACAGAGUUAUUCUCGUAAAUUUUGAGCUGUGCACGCAAUUUUUAUUAUGCACGAAGGAUGUGUCGAACCACUGAUUCACGUGUCAGAAACUACGUUGAAUAUCUUUAUCCUCCAUGACGUCUAUUUGCAUCCUUUAUGUAUAUAUUUCAGUCAGAUCUCGUGCUCCACGACUUUCUGCGCAAAUCCACUCACCUUACGAAUACAAUACUGAAUCCACAAGAUCUAGUUAUUUCUCUCGCGCGUGUCUAACUGAAUACAAGAUCCGUUACAGUGUUACUUAUAUAGUAGCCGCCACUUCAAUACAGCUUGCUAAGGUUACCGUGGACGUUUUCUUGGUCAUUAUCCGUGUUCUGGCUCCUUCUGUCGAGCUUAUGUCCCCGACGAGGUCAUUCGUUUCCUCUUUGAGGCGUUUCAAGGGUACUACUCUCUGGGGAUAUUUUGUAUAUCUUUGCUCAUCAUGCGACAUCUCGUGGUACAGAACGUCUACAAUUCAACGAGGGUUCACUAAACUGUGCCGGUUUGCUGCAGUUUCAACCGCCCACGUAGGUUCUUAUGGAUUUUUUCGAGCAGCGCAGUUUUCCGGUUUAUGCAUUACGCAUACAUAUAGUCACUGUCUCUGUUCGACGACAGUCGAGUCCGGGUUAAAACUCGUGAGCUACGUUAUUACGAGCCUGUGCACCAUUCGCAAUUCCAAGCUUCUUUGCUUUCCUUCUGCAAUGACCAUAUAUUUGAAAGAGGCAAGGGAGUCGGAUAUAUGUAUAAUGGUAUUCAGGUCAAUGUUACGUCCUUAUAAGCAAUAACCAGAGGCAGUGGUUACCCUUGUCGGAACAGACUCGCCUGCUAUAGGAAGUCGUCGUUUUUCAGCUUAUUCUGAAUAAUGCAUACAUGUAAGUCAUUGGCAGAUGAAAGGCGUGAAAUAAAAGUUCUACCAGCGAAAGGAAGUUAUAUAAGUAUACGAGAGACCUUCCUCUUCAGCAUAUUACAAUUAAUUACAUACAUAUUAUCUUUCACGAGAUCACAUAAGAAGUGCAUGAAUUGGGUCAUAAAAACAUUUUAUGACGUCCGAUGGGAUGAAUUGAACGCAUGUACAUGUAAUUCCUUGACCUAGCAUCGUGUUUUACUUAUACAUUUACCAUUUAGCUAAUUAGUUAACUUAAAUUUUUACAUUAAUUUUCAUAAUUAAAUCUUUAAUUUAAUUUUAUUAUAUAAUUAAGUUUAUCAAAAUUUAAGUUUCUUUAAUUUUCUUUGAAGUAAUUGCUAAUUGUAUCUUGUGUUGGAACGUGGAAUAUAAUAUUCGAAACUUUAUUAAAGUAAAACAAAGCUUAAUCAAUUUUAUAUUUAAAGUUUCUUUGAGCUUCUAAGUUAGGUGUUAGUUAUUUGAGAAUAUGAAAAGUUGUAAGUUUCUAAAUUUAGUUAUAUCUAAUAAUUUUUAUCUCCUUUAAGUUUUGAAAAAGAUCUAUAAAAUUUCUUCUAUAAAUUUAUGUAACUAACACAUAAGUUUCAAAGAUCGUUGUAAAGAUUGCUACUAAUUAAAAGCUUCAUUUGCAAAAUUUAUUUCCUAAAAAAUAAUUCCUAUUAUUCGAAUAUCUUUUAACUGAAAUUUCAACAUAUUGAUUCUUAAACUCUAUAUUCACAGGUAAACAAAAGAAGUAUUACUCUCGAAACUUUCAUGUCCUUUAAGUAACAGGUUUCGUGACAAAUAAAACAAUCGCAUGUCACUUCCGUCUUUUAUAUAAACAUCUUUUAAAACACGUACAAAACAGAAAUACAAGGUACACAAGUUUCCAUCUGUUCACAGGAUACAACUUACAUAAUUUCGCAAGCGAUACAAAAAAUUAUUUCAUUUUAAAAACCCAAUACAAUUUCACUUGCAGUUAUCUACGUAAGAUAAAACACAAGUCUCAUUUUGAUUUAAAAAAUCAAUAUGAUUCUACAUACAAUUUUAGUUAUUACCAUCCACAUAUAAUUAUUUGAUUAUAUUACAAAUAAUAGUAAUUUAAUGUAAAUUGAAUAUCAACUAAAAUCAAGUUCAACUUUUUCAAUAUAAUUACCUAAUCAUUUGCAUGCAAAAAUCCAAUAUACUAUGUAGUAUUAAAAUAUUCAAUAUCACUCGUACACUAUUUUUAACAUUGAAUCCUGUUUUAGAACGUUAGGGAACUAAGAUCACAAGUCAUCGAGCGAUUCAAUGGUAAUAUUCAUAAGCUGGCGAGAUGGUCUUCUGAUAAACUGGAACAGCAGCAUGGGCAAU